AAAAAAGUUAUAAGAUUCAUUUACAUGUGAUAUAACCAAUAAAUACUUCUCCAAAGUAUUUUUAAAUUUCUGCAAGUGAUAUUUUAAAAUGUUUUUAACGAACGUUUUAUUAAAAAGGGCUAAGAGCAAAUCUGUUAUGGUACUCAUGGAAAGUGUAGUUACAGGUCAUAAAUUUGUUUGGAUAAGGGAAAGACUCGCUGACAAACUAGAAAUGUUAAGAAUAGAUCCUUACAUAAAACAAGAAUGCAUAUAUAAAGAAAUUAAAAAAGUGAGAAGUGUAUAAAUCUAUCAUAAAUAUAGUUUGAUCGUAAUGUAAAU